AUGCGGCGAUUAUUAAUCUUCCUACUCUGCAUCCAACGGAUAUGGGCCGCACUCGACACGGCGGCCGUAAUCUCCAUUCAAAAUGAACUCAACAAACAUGCCCAAGAACUGGAGAUGCUUUUAGAACACGUCAAAAACCUGAACAUCCGUGUCACCGACCUCGGCAGACCUGGCUCCCCUGGCAUUAAUGGCUCCCCCGGCUUUCCCGGAUCUAAAGGAGCCAAGGGAGACAAUGGAGAAGAUGGCAUGCCUGGAAAACCUGGUAUGCAAGGAAUGCCCGGGAUCAAGGGGGAUUUGGGCCCGAUUGGACCUGCCGGAUUGAAGGGUGAUAAGGUGCAUUUUAGGGAUUUCCUGGGACGAAAGGAGAUCGAGGAGAAACUGGAGCGCCUGGUGGGAAGGGAGAUCCAGAUCGGCUUGCCCGGCCUGAAGGGUGAUGGCGGUCCUCCUGGAUAUCCUGGUGCCAAGGGUGACUCCGGAAAAGAUGGACUUCCUGGUCUUCCGGGCUGGCUCGUCAACGACAAAGGAUACUGUAUUCUCGCACUUGGAAAUUGCCCACCCUCCUUCACUCAAAUUGGAGCUUAUCAGACCCACGUCGAGAACUACCGAUUCGGCGACUAUUCCCUCGUCAAAACCGCCUCCGUCGGCGGAAAUGAAGAGCAAUUUGCCUUGAAAGUACACGCCUGCUGCCGA